AUGUCAGGAAAUGAACAAGUGUUAAACGAUAUUCGUGGAAAGAUUGACAGAGAGAGGAAACUCAUACAGGGAUUUCAAUCCUUGAAGCGAAAUACAAACAACUCUGAAGUAAUUCAGAGAUGUAACACGCAAAUCAGGGAGGCGCAAUCAAAUAUUGACUACCUCCAAGAGGCUCUCUCUAAAGUAACUUUACAGCAGUGCACUCAAAAUGAACAUCAUGACGAAGGGUCUGAUUCGCCUGUAAGAAGCUCAGAUUCGCGUCCUCUUUAUUCAAGAUUUGAUUUAAUAAAAUAUGAUUGUCCGUCUCUUGGGCAUAAAAUUCAGUACAUGCUUCAGCAAUUACAGUUUAAAAGACAGGUUGAAAAUCAGUACAAAGAAGCAAACGAAAAAAUUUCUCACUUGUAUCUAAUGGAUGGUGAUAAGUCUAGUAGCAGUGCUGCAGAAGGUGGAAAGAUGGAAAGUGACCAGAGGAUUCAAUUAUUGAACAAAUCGUUGAAGAGGUACCAAGAUAUGCAUGUUAAUAUUGAAGAAGUAACUCGCGACAUGGAAAUUAUGAACACUCCGAAAUAUGCCAGAAAGCCAUUAAGUGGUAAGUUGACUGCUACUAUUUCUUGUAUUAGGGAUAUUGAUCAUAUUGCUUCGCCUGUAUUUUCUAAAAGACCAGAAUCCAUCGUAUGCAUUAAAAUCGAUGAUGUGGAAAAAGCUAGAACUCGUCCUUCGAGAUCUGGAAAAUGGAAUGAAGAAUUUACCAUUGAUGUGGAUAAAGGCAAUGAAAUCGAGUUUUCUGUUUAUGAUAAAUCCGGUAAUAGUUCUAUUCCAGUCGCCAUUAAUUGGGCUUCUUUGUCAGACAUUACUGAAGAGCUUCGUAAGAAAAAAGUAGCUAAUGAGUUAGGAAGCGGUGGAUGGAUCUCAGCUUCGAAUUUAUCGGGAACUACUUUAACUGGAAAGCAACCAAAUAAUGACUUAACUAGCAAUUUUGGUAGACCGAUGGCUGGAGGAGCUGGUGCUGGACUUGGUGCUGGUACUGGUGCCAGUAAUGCAAAUGAUCCCUAUUCAUCGAAUUCUGUCAGUCUGGCAUCUACAGAAGGCGCUUCUAUUCAAAUUACUACAUGGCUAAGUUUAGAACCUGUGGGUCAAAUUUUGUUAAGUUUAUCAUUUGAAAAAUCUAAUCAAAAGGGAAGAAAACAAUUCAUGGGAGCUCUCGGUCGUCAUGGAGCUAUAAGACAAAAGAAGGAAGAGGUUUAUGAACAGCAUGGACAUCAUUUUGUUUUGAAACCUAUGUAUAAUAUCAUGUGCUGUGCUCUUUGUGGAGAAUUCUUGCGGUACACUGGCUUUCAAUGUCAAGAUUGUAAAUUUUUGUGUCACAAGAAAUGUUAUCCAAAAGUUGUUACUAAAUGCUUAGCCAACUCUAGUUCGGGAGUAGAUGAUGAUGCAACCAAGUUGAAUCAUCGUAUUCCGCAUCGGUUUGAGCCAAUCCUUAAUCGUGGUACAAAAUGGUGCUGUCAUUGCGGUUAUAUCUUACCGUGGGGUCGUAAGAAUGUUAGAAAAUGUACUGAAUGUGGCGUUAUGUGCCAUGCCUCGUGUACUCAUCUAGUUCCUGACUUCUGUGGUAUGUCCAUGGAAAUGGCUAAUGAAAUUUUAAGGACUAUAGAGUCCACUAAGGCGCCAGCUCCUAAACCGUUGCCAACUCCGGGGAAGAAAUUUAUGCACAAGCAACUUCCUAGUAAGGGUAUAGUUACACACUCUCAAAGCGAUCUCCCUCCUUUACCACAGGAUGUUUCACCCAUUAAGACUGAUUCGACACUGGAUAGGUCAGAUACUCUUCGAGAUGAGGAUGUUCAAGACAGAGAAUAUGCUUCAAAAUUGCCCACGGUCAAUGCAAAUAAUGUCCAAGAACCUCCAAUUGAUUCUCAAUAUGCUAAAGCUUCUGCAAGGAGGCCACCGCCUGAUCUCAGCUAUGGAGAUGAUACACGAGAUGCCACAGGAAUUCCUCUCCAAUAUCAAGAAGAGGACAACCCAUUUAACGACAGAAUGGAAGGUGUCAAUGACAGUUCUCAAAUUAAGUCAAAUAUACCGAAUUCCAAUAAAAUGGAACUUGAUAAUUUCGAUUAUGGAAACAAGAAGACUCAACAGUAUAUCAUUCAAGAUGAUGCCAUGCAUCAAAAUACUCUCGUGCUGCCAAAUAUAUCUCCCGAGAAAAAAGACGGUGGUGUUGAUCAAUCGAUGACGAAACCGUCUACUAAGUCAAAGCGUCGUCGCAGAAAGGUGGGCCUUGAUGAUUUCCAGUUUUUGGCAGUCCUUGGUAAAGGAAAUUUUGGAAAAGUCAUGUUAGCUGAAUCAAGACACACUCAAAAUCUUUGCGCGAUUAAGGUGUUAAAGAAAGACUUCAUUGUUGAAAAUGAUGAAGCUGAUAGCGUAAAAUCAGAGAAAAGGGUAUUUUUGACUGCCAAUAAAGAAAUGCACCCGUUCUUACUUAAUUUACAUUGCUGUUUUCAAACUGAAAACAGGAUUUAUUUUGUAAUGGAAUACAUUUCAGGAGGUGAUUUGAUGUGGCACAUUCAAAAGUCUAGAUUUUCUGCUAAAAGGGCCAAGUUUUACGCUUGUGAAGUUGUGUUGGCUCUUAAAUAUUUCCAUGAAAACGGUAUUGUGUAUCGAGACUUAAAAUUGGAUAAUAUACUCUUGACCACCAAGGGACACAUUAAGAUCGCUGACUACGGUCUUUGCAAGGAGAAAAUGUGGUACAAGAAUACUACGAGCACUUUUUGUGGUACCCCAGAAUUCAUGGCUCCUGAAAUCAUAGCUGGUAAGCCUUAUGACAGGAGUGUAGACUGGUGGGCAUUUGGUGUCUUGUUAUUUCAAAUGUUGCUUUGCCAGUCACCGUUCAAGGGAGAUGAUGAAGACGAAAUCUUUAAUGCAAUUGAGCAUGACGAUGUGAAAUACCCCAUUAGUAUGCCACGACAAACUGUUUUAGUACUUCAAGCGUUAUUGACGAAGGACCCAGCGCAACGUUUAGGUAGCGGCGAGAGGGAUGCAGAUGAAGUAAUGGAACACCUGUACUUUCUGGACGUGAAUUUCGAUGAUGUGUAUCAUUGCCGCGUUCAAGCUCCAUACUUACCAGAGGUGUCAUCUGAACAUGAUUAUUCCAACUUCGAUCAAGAAUUUACUUCUGAAACACCGAGAUUGACACCUGUUGAGACCAUACUUACUUCGGAGAUGCAAGAGCAGUUCCGUGGAUUUUCACAUAUAGCUGGAGACGCAGCUAUAUAA